UUACCCAAAUAUCAUCAAACCUUUCCCAACAAAAAAUCCAACUCUCUCUCUCUCUCUCUCUCUCUGUCCCUGUUUCUCUCUCUCUCUCUCUCUCUCUCUGUAAUCAGUUUCACACACAAUACACACUCUCUCUCUCUCUGUCUCCUAAAUGCGAAAAUGGCCUCCGCCACCGUGGACUCCUCCGCCACCGCCACCCCCACCGCCACCGCCGCUGACGACAGCCGCCACCUCCGGUUCGAGAGCCUCCCACUGAUCGACCUCCGCCUCCUCUCCCAGUCCGAGCUCUACUCCCUCUCCCUCCUCUCCUCCCCCUCUCCCUCCUCCUCCUCCUCCUGCCAGGACGAUGUCGUCAUCCCGAUCCCCAAAAUCGACCGCUCCGUCUUCAACGAGUCCGCCGGUAGCCGUAAACAGACCUACUUCCGCCUCCGCCUGGCCCCCCGCACCACCUCCAACCCUCCCCAUCCCCCAGCCCCCAUUUCCCGCCAAAAGAACCCCGAGCCCUUCGAGGAAGAGAACUCCCGCAUAAUCUCCCUGCUCAAAGGCCUCUUCUACCCUCAUGCUGAGUCCGAGCCCCCUCUACCUACCACUCCCGAGGACGAAAGUAGCUUGAUCGCUGUUCCUGUUAGGUACGAUGAGUCUGUUCCCGAGACCUCCGAUUCCGUCCUUCAGAGCAUCCCAAUCGGGGUCGUAGACCUAGGGUUCUGUAAUCGGAAGCGGGGGCGGCCGAGAAAGCCUGAGGCUUCUUUAGUGAACUUCGAGAGUUUGAGCGAGGGGAAGGAAGUCCUCGCAUUUGAGGGUGACGAGGAUGAAAACUCUACUGAGAAGGGAAAGGCAGUGGAGGUCGGAGACUUGGACCUGUUCGAAGACGAAUUGAGGAGGAGGACUGAGGGCAUGAGGACGGAGGAGGAGCUCUCGGGAUUCUUGAGGGGUCUGAGUGGGGAGUGGGGGAGCAGGAGGAAGAAGAGGAAGAUUGUUGAUGCGAGGAGUCUCGGGGACGUGCUGCCUAACGGGUGGAAGCUGUUGCUUAGCAUCAAGAAUGAUCGCGAUCGAGUUUGGCUCGGUUGUAGCCGAUAUAUAAGCCCUGAUGGACAGCAGUUUGAAUCCUCCAAGGAUGUGUCUGCACACCUGUCCUCAUCCUUUGGAGUUCAAGAUGCAACUCAUGAAACGUCUGGUCCAGUUGAUGAAAGUAGCUGGUCUGCUUGCAAAAUGGCUUCUGAAAAUUCUGCAGAUCCUACUCACCAGAUGGACCAGAAGCAGAAUGGGGUUGUCUGUCUUUCAGCAGUUCCCAUUUCUUCUAUUCCUGCCGAUCAUCUGAACCAAUCACCAUUACCUACGAGUGGGAGCCCGGGGAAGUCUUGGACAAAAGAGACUUACAGGUGCCACAAGUGCACGAUGAGUUUUGAGGAGAAGGACAAUUUGCUACUCCAUCUUUUAUCAUCUCACAAGAAGUCAAGAAGUGCGAGAAAUGGUGCAACCAGUGGUGAUUCGGUGAUCAUGAAAGAUGGAAAGUAUGAGUGCCAGUUGUGCCACAAAUUGUUUGAGGAGAAAAAUCGUUACAGUAGUCAUUUCGGGAACCACAUCAAGGACUAUGUUAAGAGGGUUGAAGCUUGUGGAGAAACUAAUCGUGUGCAAAGGAGAACCCCUAGAAUGCAAGAACAGAUUGGCACUGAAAGAGUUUCUUCUGCUAUGCCCAUCAAUACUGAAGCUAAUAAAAAAAGUUCUCUGGGUCUUCCGCAUGCUAAAAUCGGGUCAGAUGCCAUCCCCAAAACACAAGAGAGAUCAGAUGGUCAUCCUGUUAAUAUUCCUUGCACUGAACCUGUGGCAGUGUCAAAGAGAGAUGAGGAACAUGUCACUGAAUAUAUUGAGAAGAAAGAAAUAGAUUCUGGCUUACCGAAUGCUAACGUCGAAGUGGUUGAUCAGGGCGGUAAAAUCAAUACUGAAAAUAAUGUUAGCAAAGAUAUGACCACAAUCUCGUCUAGCCCUCUCAAGAAUGGUACCUCUGAAACCCCUGAGGAACUUAAAGUCCUCGAAAAUGAAAAUAAAGUGAGCAUGGAUUCUGUUAGCUCAAUGGAGGAUCGCAGACAGGAGACGGUUCCUUUAAAUGAGGUGUUUGCUCCCACUGAGAAUAAUAAUGCUACCAAUAAUGAGAGUUUAGUGAACAGGCUUUUUGGCAGUCCAAUGGAAGAAAUGGAUGCAGAUGAUGGAGAUGAAGUAGGGGAUAAUGUGCUAAUUUCUGGAAUUGAAGAUCGCUGCUUUGGACUGGACAAGGGUGUUCUGAAUAGUGGCACGCAGAAAAUAAGUUCGGAGGGAUGUUCAUUGGUUCAGUUUGGACGUGAGGAAAAAUGUAUUACUUCCGAUGAUCCGACUGGAUCUAAAACUUCUGUUCUGGAGAAUGAAAGUGGUUCAGAAAGUCGUAUGCCUUCUUCGAGUCAAGUAUUGUCACCUAACGAUAACCAAAACAAAGUUGGUGGCAGAUCGCAAGAACGCGUAUCAUAUAACUCUUGGAAUGGCAAAAAAGCAGUUGAUUUUGGGGAGAAUGUUACUGAAAGGAUGGUGCCAGAAGCUGACAAUAGUUUUCCUGCCAUUCCAUCAGUUAAUCAGCAAAAUUGUGAUUUUGAUGAGAAUGUAAAAGGGUUUUCUGGCUCUAAAAUACAGAAUCCAUGGCGGCAACAGGUCUUGGAGAGCAAUCUUUUAUCUGUCCAUCAAAAAUCCUUAUCCCCUGACGCUACUGUGGGGAAGAUCUCCUCUGGCACGGUGAGUAAUGUUCAACUCCUUUCUGAAAGUUGCUUGGAUUCAGCUGUCCAUCAGCAGCAGCAGGUCUUUGACAGCAAUGUUUUAUCUGUCCAUCAGAAAUCCUUAUCCCCUGAUGCUAGUGCGGGGAAGAUCUCCUCUGGCACAAUGAGGAAUUUUCAGCCCCCUUCUGAAAGUCGAUCAGAUCCAGCUGUUUUAAAUCAUGUUGAGAAGGAGACACCCUCUGGAGGCAUUAUGCCUGUUACCUCUCCCAACCAACAAGCCUUUGUUUUUAAUACGCAUGAAGCACGGGGUCCCACAUUCAAUGAGCCUAAAGAGUACAGAGGUUUUACAGGUCUCUAUGCAGGCGACCGGGAUCGUGUUGACAAGAGUGGGAAUCUCUCUGUGUCUGGUGCAGAGGAGAAACAGAACCAGGGGGAAUCAAUGAGCUACAAUAAGAGUUCAUUUGGCUUUGACAAUCGAUAUUCUCUGCAACAUGGGGGUCCUGUCACGGGCUUCGAAGCGUGGGCCAAUCCUCCUUCCAGAAGGGUUGAAGCAGUGACUUCUGAUCAUCGUGGGGCUACCUUCUUUGGCAGUGCGGUCGAGGAGUCGAAGCGGAGCAAAGAGUCCGCAUUUGGUUUUCUUUCUCCAAGUGUAGGUCAUCAGCAGGCAGGUGGCACUGGUUACAAUCUGGAUAUGUUUUAUGGAGGUGCAGUGCCUGAUAAUCGCCGAGCAGAUAAUGUGGGAACUUUGAGGAACGAGCAGAUGACUGGUUUGUAUAAUCAGCAAGUGCCCAAACCUCGCGAGGAACCCAUGGCUCAGUCAAUGUGGAGAGUGGAGCAAAAUGUAAACAUUCUGCCAAAUAGCGGUCUGAAUUAUGUUCCCUCAUCAGCGGCACAGCCGCCAGACUGUUUUCCUGCAUUCAACAUGGUCUCAGAUAAGGUACAAAACGAGUUCUAUGGAAGUAAUCAGAAGCCCGGAAAUGCACCAGCAGUCGGAGGAGGGAUGAAGUCGAGUGGUGGUGGGGGGUUCAUGGAGUACAACUUUUUGUCUGCCCCAUCAAGCGGGCAGGGCUCUCAUAUCUCGUCGUUCAAUCAGCAGAUGGGCCAGGGCUUCGAAUCUAACUGGGUCGAGAAAGAGGCCUUGGGUCUCUUCCCGAAGAUGGGUAGUAGCGGUAGCAGCAGUAGCGGGAGUAGGCAACAUCAGGUCACUGCCUUGUGCGUUUGGUGCGGCAACCAGUUCAGUCACGAUGGGGAUUUCGAUGUGGGGGAUGGCUCGGUGGGCUACAUGUGCUUUAACUGCAAGGCCAAAUUCGCGGGGCAAAUCAAUUUCUUCUAGGAGCGAAAACUGGGAUGGAAGUCGUGAAACAUGGAAGAUAAAACAGGUAGUAGGCUACUAACAUUAAGUUAGGGAAGAUAAAAACCCUUACCGGGCAGUAUCCCUCUUGCUUAGGGUAGAACUGAGAACGUGUGUUUGUUUGUUUUAAGUCUCCAGCAUCCUUGUUGUAAGUUUUUCCUCCUCUUUUUGGGUAAAAGUUCUAUUGUAAGGUUGUAUAACUCGAGUUGCACGUCCAGACUGGACUCUCUUGUAGUUCGAUGGGGCACUCCUUUAAGCCUAGUGUCGGUGCUCAGACAUUCGGUUUACAUAUAAAGCAAGCCCCCUAUGUAGUCCGGGGGAGAUGGAUCUCUUCGUGCUGUAACUAUAAUGUAAUCCGAAGAUUCGAUUAGCUUCAGAUUGACGGAGUCUCGUCUGUCUUU